GAUCGAUGAGCAACACGCAGCAGCAGUUAGCCUGUUAGCCUCCAUGGUUAGCCUCAGAUGAGCAAAGUGGGAUGUUCUGUCUAACCUCUAGAUAACGUGAAAAUGACGGACUACGCAGAAGAGCAAAGGAAUGAACUGGAAGCUAUAGAGUCUAUAUACCCAGACUCUUACACAGUUCUUUCAGAGAAGCCUAUCAGCUUCACCAUCAAUGUAACGUCAGAUGCAGCGGAAAACGGUGAAACCGUGGAAGCAACAUUAAAGUUCACAUAUGUAGAGAAAUAUCCAGAUGAGCCCCCGUUGUGGGAGAUCCACGACCAGGAGAACCUGGAGGACAGCGACAUGGGAGAGAUCUUCACCUUACUGCAGCAGCAGAGGUCCAGGAAUCGUGGUUAG